ACGGAGAAACCAUCAAAGAAACAACAGGGGGUAAAUUUAUGGUUGCAAUCAAAAUAUGGAAAACCCUUUAGAAAAAUCGCUUCACUAAGAAAGCUGUCAAACGCUAACAAUGUCAGCACGGAGAAACCAUCAAAGAAACAACAGGGAGUAAAUUUAUGGCUGCAAUCAAAAUCUGGAAAACCCUUUGGAAAAAUCGCUUCACUAAGAAAGCUGUCGAACGCUAACAAUGUCAGCACGGAGAAACCAUCAAAGAAACAACAAGGGGUAAAUUUGUGGCUGCAAUCAAAAUAUGGAAAACCCUUUGGAAAAAUCGCUUCUUUAAGAAAGCUAUCAAACGCUAACAAUGUCAGCGCGGAGAAACCAUCAAAGAAACAACAGGGGGUAAAUUUAUGGCUGCAAUCAAAAUAUGGAAAAACCUUUGGAAAAAUCGGUUCACUAGGAAAGCUAUGGAAUGAUAGCAGUGUCAGCACGGAGAAACCAUCAAAGGAAAAGCAGGGGAUAAACAUAUGGCAGCAAUCAAAAUAUGGAAAAUCCUUUGGAAAAAUCGGUUCAGUAGGAAAGCUAUGGAGUGAUAGCAAUGUCAGCACGGAGAAACCAUCAAAGGAAAAACAGGGGAUAAACAUAUGGCAGCAAUCAAAAUAUGGAAAAUCCUUUGGAAAAAUCGGUUCAGUAGGAAAGCUAUGGAGUGAUAGCAAUGUCAGCACGGAGAAACCAUCAAAGGAAAAACAGGGGAUAAACAUAUGGCAGCAAUCAAAAUAUGGAAAAUCCUUUGGAAAAAUCGGUUCAGUAGGAAAGCUAUGGAGUGAUAGCAAUGUCAGCACGGAGAAACCAUCAAAGGAAAAACAGGGGAUAAACGUAUGGCAGCAAUCAAAAUAUGGAAAACCCUUUGGGAAAAUCGGUUCACUAGGAAAGCUAUGGAAUGAUAGCAAUGUCAGCACGGAGAAACCAUUAAAGGAAAAUCAGGGGAUAAACAUAUGGCAGCAAUCAAAAUAUGGAAAACCCUUUGGAAAAAUCGGUUCACUAGGAAAGCUAUGGAAUGAUAGCAGUGUCAGCAGGGAGACACCAUCAAAGGAAAAACAGGGGAUAAACAUAUGGCAGCAAUCAACAUAUGGAAAAACCUUUGAAAAAAUCGAUUCACUAGGGAAGCUUUCGAAAGAAACGCCAGAAGAUAAUCAGCUAAAAACGGCGAGCAGAACUAAAGGGGAGAGGCCACAAGGCAAAACUGCCAGAAGGGAGGCCACCAAGAAGGGAGCUACAGAGAACGGCACCAGAGUGGAUCUCUCUAUGAACAAUGGCAGGGAGACAAGUGCUAGCACCGUCGUCAAAGAAAAGCAAUCAAAGAAAGAUUUAUCGCAGAAAAGGGCAACUUUACGAACUCCAGGAAGAUUGGGGCAUUUACUAGAACCAUCACGAGAAAAGUUAUUGAAAGGAACGGCGAAAGAGAAGCAGCUAGGAAGUGCCACCAAGAGAUCAACAUCAGCUUCAUUGGGAAGGAGAAAACAAAAGGAACUUUUAUCAGUAACAAUGUUUAAUUCAAAAGAAACACUGGAAGGAAAGCAGGGAAGUACUACGAGAAGCCCACUAGAAAAAAAGUCACGGAAAUCAAUAACAGCUUCAGCAGGGAGGAGAAAACAAAAAGGACCUUUGUCAAAAAUGCCAUCGAGAGUAUGGCUAACAGCAAAGAGCUUACCAGAAAAAAGGCAAGGGAAACGAAUAUCACCAGUUCUGCUACGAACAGGACUCCCCUCACAAAAAAUGAAUUCGCGAAAAUUGCAAAACUCACCAGAAAAAGGACCACGAAGGCCAACAAUAGUUCCGUUAAGAAGAAGAGAACGAAAAGAAUUUUUAUCACAAAGAAUGCCUUUGAGAGGCUCGCCAUCAAAAAGAAGUCAACCAGAAAAAGGGUCAGGAAAGACAAGACCAACAGCUGCUCCAGGAGGGAGACUAUCAAAAGAACUUUCACCUAGGGGAUUACCACCGAGUGUACCCAACAGAAGGACAGAUAUCAGGAAACACACCAUUACAAGAACUCGAAGCCCGUGGAAUGCCAAAAAUACUGAAAAGAAGCCCACUAGGAGCAAUGCCAACAGGAAGAGUGAUAUCUUGAUAACCGGCAGGAAUGCCUGGCACAGUCAUGGCAGUAAGGUGAAUGUCAUUGCCACCAGAAGAGAUUCAGCGUGGAAUGGUUUUGGAAAGAGUACGAGGAAUGCCUUUGAAUUCGCUGGAAAUUAUGCCAGAAUAAACAAAAAGAAGGCUUCAGGGAAAGAUGCCUUUGGGACGAGUACCAGUAGCAAUUACAGCAAAGAGCAUCUUGGUUGGAAUAAUAAAAGUAGGAAGAAUACAAGGAAUGCCUUAAGGAAAAAUGGCGUUAGUGGGAAUGCCAUGAAUACUAAGAAUGCCGUUGGCAGAGGAGCCUUCGAAAAUACUAGGACUCUACCUGGAACCAUGGAGAUCUAUAAUAGGAAAGCCGCCCGGCCUGCUAUCAGAAGGAAUCCGGGGAGUGCUGAUAGAUUGAGAAAAAAUAGUUCCACCAGAGGAAAUCUUGCACGAAAUGGUAGGAAGAAUGCACCCUUCGGAAGAUGGAAAAAUAACUACAGGAUGAACUUCAAUUAUAGUCCUGGGAAAGCUAUGAAGAUGUAUGGUAGGAAAGCGGCAUGGCCUAGGAACCCGAACAAAGCUGAUAGAUUGAGAAAAAAUAGUUCCACUAAAGGAAAUCUUGCACAGAAUAAUAGGAAGAAUACAUGGAAAAAUAACUAUGGGAUAAAAUACAGUAAUACUCCUAGGAAAGCUAUGGAGAUGUAUGGUAGGAAAGCCGCAUGGUCUAGGAACCCGAACGAAGCGGCUAGAUUGAGAAAAAGUAGUUCCACCAGAGGAAAUUUUGAGCGGAAUAAUCGUAAGAAGAAUACACCCUUCAGAAAAGGAAGAACUAACUACAGAUUAAACUCUAGUAAUACUCCUGGGAAAGCUAUGAAGAUGUAUGGUAGGAAAGCCGCCUGGCCUAGGAACCCGAACGAAGCGGCUAGAUUGAGAAAAAGUAGUUCCACCAGAGGAAAUUUUGAGCGGAAUAAUCGUAAGAAGAAUACACCCUUCAGAAAAGGAAGAACUAACUACAGAUUAAACUCUAGUAAUACUCCUGGGAAAGCUAUGAAGAUGUAUGGUAGGAAAGCCGCCUGGCCUAGGAACCCGAACGAAGCGGCUAGAUUGAGAAAAAGUAGUUCCAUCAGAGGAAAUUUUGAGCGGAAUAAUCGUAAGAAGAAUACACCCUUCAGAAAAGGAAGAACUAACUACAGAUUAAACUCUAGUAAUACUCCUGGGAAAGCUAUGAAGAUGUAUGGUAGGAAAGCCGCCUGGCCUAGGAACCCGAACAAAGCGGAUAGAUUGAGAAAGAAUAGUUCCACCAGAGAAAAUUUUGCGCGGAUUAAUCGUAAGAAGAAUACACCCUUCAGAAAAGGAAGAAAUAACUACAGAUUAAACUCCAGUAAUACUCCUGGGAAAGAUAUGAAGAUGUAUGGUAGAAAAUCUUCCUGGCCUGCUAUUAGGAGAUAUCUGAGGAACGCUAAUAGGUUGAAAAACAAUAGUUCCACCAAAAUGACUUCUACAUGGAAUGGUGGUAGGAAGAUUACACCCUCCAGAAAAAGGAAAAAUAACUCCACGUUGAAGCCCAGGAAUGUUCCAGGGACCAGGAGUGCAGCUAGGAGAUCCCGUCGUCAGUAAUGGCGCCAGGAGGAUUGUGAAAGGAAUACUCGAAGAAUAUGGAGUAAUUGGUGUAAAUCUUACUGUUCACUUUGAAUCAAAUCUUGAAUAAAAAGAGCA